AGGCUGGAGCCACCGAUUGGAGGGUCGUACGAAAAUCGUACUGUACAAGGAACAAUCGUAUGAGAGUAAUUUCGAGUCCAAAUCGGCUCCGGCGGCCGUAUCUCCAUCUCCACCCUUGCUGGGAACACAAAUCCUCGACACAACCAAGGCGAUCCCCAAUCUUCUUGCCCCCCUGCCGUUAAAGAAAAAUUACUUCUUCGCUUUGCGUUCGUUGACCUGCAAGCUCCGCUCUCCAAUCUCUAUCUCUCUGCUCUUGCGGCAGGCAGCACGGCGGCCAAUGGCGCAGGACGAUCCGGUUGUUUCUGCGCAAUGGCUGCAGCAGCACCUAGGGCAGCUUGAUAUCAAGGUAUUGGAUGCUUCCUGGUACAUGCCACAAGAGAGCAGGGACCCAUGGCAAGAAUACCAGGUGGCCCAUAUUCCUGGUGCGCUGUUCUUCGACAUCGAUGGAAUCGUCAAUCGGGCGACUGAUUUGCCACACAUGCUGCCAUCAGAAGAGGCUUUUGCAGCAGCAGUUUCCGCACUUGGUAUCAAUAACCAUGAUAAAGUUGUUGUUUAUGAUGGAAAGGGCUUCUUCAGUGCGCCUCGUGUUUGGUGGAUGUUCAGAGUUCUUGGACAUGAUAAAGUUUGGGUCUUAGAUGGAGGUUUCCCUCAGUGGCAAGCUUCUGGAUUCAACAUUGCAAGCAGCUGCCCUGAUGAUGCAGUUCUGAAAUCCAAAGCGGCAAAUAGUGCUGUUGAAACAGCUUAUAAUGGUAAAUUGGCAAAUGCUGCCACAUUUCAAACAGAGUUUCGACCUCAGCUAUUCUGGACACUAGAAAAGGUCAAACAAAAUGUAGCUGCUAAGGCUCAUCAAGUAGUUGAUGCCCGAGCAAAGGGCAGAUUUGAUGGUGUAAUGCCAGAACCAAGGGAAGGAGUAAGAAGUGGGCAUAUACCUGGAACUAAAUGUGUUCCGUUCCCUGAGAUGUUUGAUGGUGCACAAACGCUCCUCCCUGCAGAUGAGCUAUCGAAAAAGUUUGAGCAAGAAGGCAUUUUGCUUGAUCACCCGAUUGUCGUCACAUGUGGAUCUGGUGUAACUGCCUGCAUACUUGCCCUGGGCUUCUAUAGAAUUGGUAAGCAUGAUGUUCCAGUUUACGACGGAUCUUGGACAGAAUGGGAAGCGCAGCCCGAUGAUGAUUACCCAAAAGUUGCUUCAACUGCCCCUUAAGUCAACCAUUCUGUAGUGAUGAAUGCAGCUGUUGCAUUCUGCAGCAUUCAACCCAGAUUGUCAGCACAAUGAUACUUCUCUGUGGCAAGCUUUGCACGAAGUCGCCACAAAAGGUUAUAGGGAAAAGAGAAAUACCUUUUGUACAAUGGCCAAUGGCUGUAGGCCGAUAAUGGGGAAAUCCUGCGCCAAUUUUUGUGAGCGUCAACAUUAAUUUUAUAAUGAUGUUGUACUUAACAAAAUCUUGACUUGAAAACAAGAUUAUUCGUCUGAA